AUGUUCGUGAAUCUGCUGCAAGGCGCCGGGACGAUGGGUCAGAACGUCGGUGCGCAAGAGCAACAGCAACAGCAACAGCAACAGCAACAGCAACAGCAACAGCAACAGCAACAGCAACAGCAACAGCAACAGCAACAGCAACAGCAACAGCAACAGCAACAGCAACAGCAACAGCAACAGCACCAACAACAGGGCUGGCCUGUACCCGCGGCUCGGACGGCGUAUCGGUAUCCUUCAGCGCAAAGCGCAGGACCGAGUGCGCACCAGUUCCAGCAAGGAUCGAGCACCGGCGGUCACCACCAUGUCCCACACGGCGGGGGACUCGGAGCACAUCCGAUGAAUCCAGCGAGCUACUACCAGCCACAAUAA